AUGGAAGACCUUGUGACUGUCAUGAGCAGCAGGGAAGGACAGACCACAGAGACAGAGGAGGAAGGCACUCAAUAUAAUCUCAUUCUUCAGAAUGGCAAACAGCGGUAUGACAGGCUUAAGAUGUCGAAAGCAGUAGUGGUUGGAGAUCUCAAUGUGGGAAAGACAUGCUUAAUAAACAGGUUCUGUAAAGACGUGUUUGAGAGAGACUACAAGGCUACUAUUGGUGUUGACUUUGAGAUUGAGAGAUUUGAGAUGUCUGGGCUGCCCUUUUCUCUUCAAAUAUGGGACACUGCUGGUCAGGAAAAGUUCAAAUGCAUCGCAUCAGCAUAUUACAGAGGAGCUCAAGUUAUUAUUACUGUCUUCGACAUGGCGGAUAUCAAGAGCUUGGAACACACACAACAGUGGUUAUCAGAGGCACUGCGGGAAAAUGAACCAGACUCUUGUUUUGUUUUCUUGGUUGGCACAAAAAGAGACCUCCUGUCUGCAGAAGAGUGCCAGAGAACAGAGAGCGAUGCCAUAAAGAUUGCAGCAGAAAUGAACGCUGAGUUUUGGUCGUUGUCCUCAAAAACAGGGGAGAAUGUCCAGGAGUUUUUCUUUCGCGUAGCAGCUCUGGCCUUUGAAGAUGCCAUACUGAAGGACCUGGAGACAGGAAGCAGCACGGCUCAGAUUGGAGAUGGAAAUAUUCUCGAUGAUAACGCACUGGAAGAUGCACAGGAAAAGCCAAAGAAGAAGUCCUGUUGUUGACCCUCAAUGGUUCAAGAAGAAGAAAUAACCAAUUUGUAUUACAGGACAGAAUAAAUGUUUAACCUAGUAGAAAACAAAGUGUUUUGGUUGACAUAACCAACCUCUGAGUUGGUGCAUCACUAAUGUACUCUCUGAGAGGGACCACCUUAUCAGAACACAUCAAAAUAAGGGACUGACAUCAAAUAUGAUUUCAAACAUUUGAUUUAUACUGUAGUAUUAACGUCAGUAUUUUUGCUGCAUAAACUGCCAUUUAAUAAUUGCAUUGUGUUUUUCCUU